CGAUCUUCACUACUUCUUCUAGUAAGAACUAAAAAAAAACCUAAAAACUCAAGAUGAUGAAAUUAGUUGUUGCUGUCGCCUGCCUUAUGGCUGUUGCUAAUGCCGGUAUGUACGGUAUGGGAAUGUACGGUAUGGGACUUGGAGGAUUAGGCAUGGGAAUGUACAAUCCUAUGCUUAUGGGCGGUAUGUACAACCCAAUGCUUAUGGCUAGCAUGUACAACCCUAUGCUUAUGGGCGGUAUGUACAAUCCAAUGGCUAUGAUGUAUGGUGGACUCGGUGGUAUGGGAAUGAUGGGUGGUUUAGGAAUGAUGGGUGGUAUGGGAAUGAUGGGAGGUAUGUCACCCUAUGGUAUGGGAUUCGGUGGUGCUGGAUUUGGAACACCUAAUGUAGGAGGACAAGAUCCUUCCCAAGGAAUUCCCACUGGAAAAUCUCGAAUCUGUGUUGAAGUGAAUUGGAGCAGAGCCAUCUCAAUACAAUGGCAAUAUGAACUAUGGGCAGUUGGUGACAACUGUGCUUUAUUAGUCGUAUUAAUUAGUCAAUCAAAGUCGACUCAAUCUAGAGUUAGCUCCCAGAAUUGUGUCCAAGGCCGAUCAUGGUCCUCCAUAACUCCUGUGAUAAACCUUGAUAUGGUAAACUGGGAUUGCGUGAUUGCAUCGAACAUGACUUAAUACAAUAAAGUGAUAUUAAAUAUAAAAA